AGACUAGAGAGCAGAGAAACCAAACCAGCCUUCCCUUCCCUAUCCUCAAGAAAAGAAAAGAUCUGACCGUCAGUGACAUUAUUUCAUUUACUUGUGUUUUUAAGAACUCAACAAAGACUCUGAGAUAAAUAAAUCAUAUCAACAAGCAUCUCCAAGAACGUCACUGACGUUGUUGUCCUCGAUUAUUUUCUUUUAACUACCCAAACAACAGCAAUGUCGUGAUUGUUCUUGCACAUAAAUAGCAGCAGAGAGCAAGAAAAAGAUAGCGGACAUUAAGAAAUGGAAUGCGUGGGAGCUCGGAAUUUCGGAGCAAUGGCGGCUGUGCUGCUGUCAUGUCCAUGUCCUGUGUGGAGGUCUAAAACAGGAGUAGCAACACAGCCACAGAGUAGUAGCAGCAGCAGCAGCAGCAGUGCAAAGCAGAGUGUUUUUAAUAGUAAUAAACGAUACCGUUUAUGUAAAGUGAGGUCAGGAGGAGGUAGUAAUAGUAGUCGAGGGAUGAAUGAUAGCUGUAGUAGUGUUGCUGUCAAAGAAGGUAUGUUUGCUGAUGAAGAGGAUUAUAUUAAAGCCGGUGGUUCUGAGCUUGGUUUUGUACAAAUGCAGCGAAAAAAGGCCAUGAGUCAACAGUCUAAACUUGCCGACAAGUUGCGGCCGAUAGCAACAAGCGGAGAAGGUGGAGGAGAACUGGAUUUGGUGGUGGUUGGUUGUGGUCCAGCAGGAUUAGCUUUAGCUGCAGAAUCAGCUAAGUUGGGGUUAAGUGUUGGACUUAUUGGUCCUGAUCUUCCUUUUACUAAUAAUUAUGGUGUUUGGGAGGAUGAAUUUAAAGAUCUUGGACUUGAUGGGUGCAUUGAGCAUGUUUGGCGGGAUACCAUUGUAUAUCUUAACGACAAUGAUCCCAUUCUGAUCGGUCGCGCCUAUGGACGAGUUAGUCGAUAUUUGCUCCAUGAAGAGUUGUUGAGGAGGUGUGUCGAGUCAGGUGUUUCAUAUCUGAGCUCCAAAGUGGAAAGGAUUACCGAAGCAACUGAUGGUCAAAGUCUUGUAGCUUGUGAACAUGGCAUUGUAGUUCCAUGCAGGCUUGCUACUGUUGCAUCUGGAGCUGCUUCGGGAAAACUCUUGCAGUAUGAGGUGGGAGGUCCAAGGGUUUCUGUGCAAACAGCUUAUGGUGUGGAAGUUGAGGUGGAAAACAAUCCAUAUGAUCCUAGCCUAAUGGUUUUCAUGGAUUACAGAGACUACAUUAAACAAAAAGUUCAAUGUUUAGAAGCUGAAUAUCCAACAUUUCUUUAUGCAAUGCCCAUGUCGUCAACAAGAGUUUUCUUUGAGGAAACUUGUUUGGCCUCAAAAGACGCGAUGCCUUUCGACUUGUUAAAGAAAAAACUCUUGUCAAGGUUAGAGGCAAUGGGAAUCCGAGUCUUGAAAACCUAUGAAGAGGAAUGGUCUUAUAUUCCAGUUGGUGGUUCCUUGCCAAAUACUGAGCAAAAAAAUCUUGCAUUUGGUGCUGCUGCUAGCAUGGUGCAUCCAGCCACAGGCUAUUCAGUGGUGAGAUCAUUGUCCGAGGCUCCAAAUUAUGCUUCUGUAAUUGCAAAUAUAUUGAAUCAGGAUCAUUCUAAGGGAAAGCCUACUCUUGAAAGACGUUAUGCAAAUAUAUCAAUGCAAGCUUGGAAUACUCUUUGGCCACUAGAGAGAAAACGUCAAAGGGCAUUCUUUCUCUUUGGACUAGAACUUAUAUUGCAGCUGGAUAUUGAAGGCAUCAGAUUAUUUUUCCAUACCUUCUUCCGCUUACCCAGUUGGAUGUGGCAGGGAUUUCUUAGCUCCUCUCUCUCCUCAGCUGAUCUCAUGUUAUUUGCCUUCUAUAUGUUUGUUAUUGCACGAAAUGAUUUGAGAAUGUGCCUUGUCAAGCACCUGCUCUCCGAUCCAACAGGAGCAACUAUGAUAAGAACUUAUCUGACAGUGUAGACCUAUCUUUUUUACGAGUUUUUCCCUUUGUUGAGUUCUGUUUUGCACUGCUGUUCAGGAUACUCGAAGGCCACCCGUGUUGAAAAACUAGGUAUAUGUACAUAUAUAAAUUUUAUGUGUAUAUUUAUCCGUUUGCUUAAACGUGAUGGAGACACUGUUGUUUUGAUCCCAUAACUAGUGUAGAUGCUCAUCGUAUCUAUGGCAUCUUUUUCUUGAUGAA